AUGUCUGGAACACUUGAGAGCAUCACGGCAGCCACGCAGUUGCGCCGUGCGGUGAUGGAGGCCCAAAAGGAAUUAGAUGCAAAGCGUGAACUCUACAUGGUCCGCAUGGCCCGCGCCCGCGAGGUGGAGGACGGCAUCGCAAAGGACCGCGCCCGGCUGCAGGACACACUCGUGCAGUAUUAUAAGUUUAUACAAGAGAAUGAAAUCAAACGAACCCGCGCCACCCGAAAGGCUGUAACGGAGGAACGUAUUAAGAAGGAACGUGAAGAUCAAAUACGUGAACUCACGGAGAAAUUACACAAUUUAGAGGAACGCAAUGAGGAACUACGUCGAUUGUACGAGAUAUACGCAAAGUAUCAACAAUACUUGGAUGAGGUGUUGCAGCGGAAUGACGGUGAUGAGUAUCAAAGCCCGCGGGAUAUCAUUCAGCGCUGGAGUACACUGCAGGAUAACACCAAAGUACUGCAGCGACGUAAAACACACCUCGAGGAGGAACUCUUGCGUAACAAGAAUGCAUUAAAUGUAAAGCGGCAAAAGAGAAAUAAUGAAAGUGUGGAACUGCAGAAUCAAUUAAAUGAACUUCAGGCUACAUAUGAGACCUUACAAAAGAAUAUAAAAAUUAAACAAGAUGAACUGGAGCGGUGUAUUCAUCAACGAAGCACUACAUCCCGUACAGUGAGUCAUGUGCGUAUGGCCUGUAAGAAUUUGUAUGAUCGUUGUAUUCUCUGGACGAUGCCGUACUCGGGCCGUGGGAAGUUUGAAGUGCGGGAAGCCGAUGUGUUGUAUCAACUUCAUGUGAUAGGUGACUGUUUGCAGGAUUUUCAAGAUGUGAUUGAGGCACAUCAUCAACGUCAACAGCAAAUAGCCGCUAGUCGUGCGGCAAAGGAAGAAGAAGACUAA